GAUAUGGAUAAUUACUAAUAAUAUAUUUUUUAAGCCUGAGCUUUAUCUAAAAUGGUUUUAUGGUUUUAAACAUGGUAAUUACGAAUGUAAGUUUGUAUCAGGAAUCCCAGAGCGGUAUUGGCAAAUCACAAAAUUAGUCUGAAUAAAACUGAAAUUGUAAACACAUUGAAACCUAAAACGUUCAUCACAUAAUUAUUUGCAGGAAAUAGUAGAUUCAUUAUAUACUUGAUUUUUUAACGUUGGACUUUACUGCGUACUGUAGGUACCAACUUGUUACUAGAUGAAAAUAAAGACUUGCAAAUGGAAACUGUAACUCACCAGAAUUGUAAAAUACUUGAUAACAGAAUGAAUAUGUUUAAAUAGCGUAAGUACAUUUUUUUUACAAAAGCGGACAUCUAUAACUUCAAAAAUAACGCGCGAUGGAAACUCCGCUAAUCAUAUUUCCGGUUUUUGGAGUGAACGUAAAUAUAUUUAGGACGAUAAAAAAUUCAUAAAGCAAAGUUUGCAAGAUGAAUACUUUAUCUUCAUUGGUCUGUAUUUGCAUAUUUUAAAAUGUUAUACCACAAUAUGUCAUCAAAGGUCUACUAGUACAUAAUACUUUAUUAUAAGACACGUUACUUAUCUCAUAACGAUCAAAUAAUGUAAAUGAAUUAUCGAAUGUCCAAAUAUAAAAGAGUCGACUAAAAUUAAGUUAUCGUACAUACAUCAAAGCUUUAGUUUCUCAAUGCUAAAAAAAUCCAUCUCUUAUCCAUCGCAAUCCAACACAGCAACGCAGCAAGCAUGAUGCGGCACCUUUGCGUCGGGAGCAGCCCGGGGCAAGUUACAGUAGGUAGAUGUUUAUACAUGUUUAGUUUACAUGUAUAUAUUUAAGUUUAGAUACAUUUAGGUUUAGUGAUUAAGUUUCGUUUAUAAUAUAUAUUAUGGUUUAUACUCAUAAAUAUGUUUAUUAAAUAAAAGUUUUCUAUCUCAUUUGCGUAUAUCUGUACGUAGUAUAGUCCAUACGUAGAACUGUUGAAAAAGAAUACACACAACAACAUAACCUUUCGAUGUAGGUUUAGUGUUUCGUUCUUAGUUUUGUCCGAUCCGAGUUAACAGGGUACUUGUUAAGUUAGUACUUGUUAUCUGUUGUUCAUAGAGAUAGGUUAGAAAUCAAAACAUAAGUCAACUCCAACAAUAAAAUGUCAUACUGACCAAACAUGGAUCUAUCAUCAUUUCAAUAUGAGAUGGUUCCAAUCUCCGUUAGAUAACAUAAGUAGCUGCGAAGGUCACUUUAACGUUAGAUAUGGCUUGGAUAUCAGCCUGAUAUUUAACAUAUACCUGACAAGAGAACCUGCUGAAAUGCGCAUUAUGUCAACUUUCAACUAAAAUCAUAGUGGGAACAGAUCGAAUAAUUGGAACUCGAAUUGGCCUGAUAGUUCUAACGACUUCGUAUUACCUACCGUGUUCUGCGGUAAACCUAAUAAUUGCUUUGUUUUUAAGUACCCUGUUAAGUCAAUCAGACAAAAUUAAAAACGCAACAUUUAUAACACAUCCAAAUUAGUUAAUAAAGGUUGCUGCUGCGAUACCCAAAUACUUCCAAAAAUAGUCUGAUUAAAGUGUACAGUUAUUAUGCUAAUAUAAAAUCCACAAGUUUUACCUCAGUUAUAUCAAUUCGAAAUCAAAAACACUGGGGUGCAGACUUAUUUUUACUACAAUUAUUGUUGUAAUCUUAUUUAUUACAACAAAUAAAGAUACUUACGUUAUCUUAUCAACAUACGUAUAUACUACGGAACAGGUGUAGCUUUUCUAACAAUAAAGUCACUUUCACAGAUUCUAUCUGUAUAGGUAAUUUUUGUAGUACUUUCCUAGUACGUACAUCCAACUCAUAAUAUGGUUUAAGUGUUCUUUAUUUAUUUUCAGGUUCUUUUUUUGUAAUGUCAACUAUAUAAUUUUAUAUUUAUAGGUAAAAACUAACGUUUAAACUUAAUAAUUCAUCUUUAUAUAUAUGUAUAUCAGUAAUCCUAUCAAAGAAGGUUCGAAUUUGUGCAUCUCAUUAUAACACUUAUGAAUCUUCCGUGUAAAAUAAAAUUACUUCAAUGAAUAUUUAUAUGAACAUAAUCAUGUAGUAGUUAUUCCAUCUAAAAAUGAUUAAAGGUUGUUAAGUUAAAUAAGUUAUGGAAUGUGAUCGAAGUCCUGAAGAUCUUUUUUUUUUUUUUAAUUUAAAGCGUUAGAAAUGGGUGGGAAUCGUAGAUUUUUGCAAGAGUUAUCUCGACAGUACAUUACACCACCUGCACGGUAUAUUUUACAAACAGCAGAAGGCCAAUUCUGAUUUAACAAUUUGUUAAAAUUUCGAUUUGUUUAUGAUACGCCAUUCACACGACUCGCAGUGCAAUAAAUUUACUUCGUCAGGAGAGUCUGUCAUUGAGUCAUUCAAAAUAAUAUUUUGUUGACGCAGUUGCUCUACUACUUAAGAUGUUACGACAAGCUGUCGUGUGCUUACAAAUGGCGAACUUAAUGCCAAAAGGCAUUCUCUACCAGUCAACCAUUGGGUCAAACAGAGACAUUUGUGUAUGUUGGUGCUUAAGCUUAAGGCUUCGCUGCUUGCCUGGCUUUAGGACUGUAGAUUCCGCUGAAUGUAGUGACGAUGCACUAACGAUGCGAGGAGGUGUUUCGGGAAAUAGGGCUUUUAACUGAUGCCAACGUUAUUUAUAUUGCAUCGCCUUUUCUUGGUCUGCGUGAAAUUGAUCUUCAUUUACAACCCAUAAGUGUAUCAAUGUGGCUUCAGUUUCAAACAAGCUAUUUCGGACAGGAGCUCGAACAUCUGCGGUGCUGCCGAAUCAUUAUUCUCCACCGCCUUCGCCGUUUUGUCCGCCAGAGUUGUAAAUUCUCUUCUAAAUUGUGUUCGUUUGCAUUUCCGCGAUUCAAUCUUUAUUUAUUUAAUGCACGGUCUUCAGGUAAUGAACUCGCGAAUUUUAUUGAAAUACGUUAUAAACAAAGCACACAAAAUAUAUUUUAACUAAGCACAAUUUACAGGUCGUGCUGUUAUGAAGUUGUUUUUCAGAGCUUUUUGUAACGUAGAGCAGAAUACGUCACAACUACAACACCUAUACUACCGAUAACUGCGAGUAAAACGUCUAAUGACGUGUCAUUAGAAGGUUAGUGCGCGUAAAAUGCACUGGGAGGCACGACUCCGCGCACUAAUGGGCAUGAGUGAUCGUUCAAGUCAUGUCGUAACCAAAUCAAAACCUUAACAAACUGUUAGUUCAGAAUAAGCAUUUAGGAAUGAAUUAGAGCAAGCAAACUUACCUGUUACUUGUCUUAAUGCCUGAAGUCACCAAAAACAUAAUGUUAUUCAGCAUUUCACAAAGAUUAUUUCAUCAGGUGACAAGCAUAAAUAAUAAUUAAACAAAAAUUAACAUUAUUUAAGAAGUAAUAUGGUUCAUUAUGGCUAUGAACAUGGUAACAUUAUAGCUAUGGGCAUGGAACAUGGUAAUUAGUGAGUUUUGCUUGUCACCUGACGAUUCGAGGUACUACAAUUUAUUUGUAAUAUAAAAUAUGGACUAAUUAUAAAAUUUAUAAAUAGUGCAUAUAUAAUUAUAGCUUAGUAUCAAAUCACAACAUAGUUUAAGUUUGAGAGAUACACACCUAACUAUAAAAAAAAAACAUAAAAUAUUAUGUAGCGUAAGUUAUCAUAACGAGUAUUAAGUACUACUUAUAGAUGAACUUUCACAUGUUGUAUUCUUAUUGUUUAAAAUAUUUGUCUCAGAUUCUAAUCCUAAAGUUACGUUGACUUUGACAAUAAAUGUGUAAUUUUUGAAGUAUAGGUAUUUGAAAUAAAUGUCCCUAUUAAACCAAUUCCUAUUUAUUUAUCUAAACGUAUUCUGAAACCCUUGAUUAUCGUAUAUAUUCUUAAAUAUAUAUUUUCCUGACAUUUUCAAAAGUUCGAGAGGUCAGUUUGACUUUGAUAGCGAAAAGGAACAACGAUUAUGUAAGGUCAUAUUGUGCAAGAGGAAGGGAGGAGGAGGAGGAUGUGUCUGGCCUAGUGGGUAGUGACCCUGCCUAUGAAGCCGAUGGUCCCGGGUUCAAAUCCUGGUAAGGGCAUUUAUUUGUGUGAUGAGCAUGGAUUUUGGUCCUGUUUUCUAUGUUAUAUUUAAGUAUUUGUUGUCUAACCCACAACACCAGCCUUAUUUAGCUUAUACUGUGGGACUUUAGUCAAUUUGUGUAGUAAUGUCCUUAUAGGAUCACUUUGUUGUCCGUCCGUCCGUCUAUCAAAUCUUUACACGGUGGUUAGCAUAGGAUCUAAGAAGUAUAUUAAGAUAAGUUUUGCUUAGAAAUACAAUGAAAAUAGUUAGUUCUGGGCUCUUGCUGGGCUUGUCCUUUUCAGCAUGGGGGAUGGUGACGUCGACGACACAGCCUGGUACUGCGAUCGGUCUAUCAGCAUAAUGUCAGGCUUAUUUGCUACAAAAGUACUGUCAGUGAUGAUAGAUCGAUCCCAACACAGUGCGGCAUGACCAUUUUCGAGAACUGGGGCAGGUGAGUUACAUAUAGUCCAUACUACACUACUUGGAUACGACUUAUGUCUGUGCAAAUACUCGCCGUCAGCAAGAUGAGAAAAAUCGGAAAUGAUAUGCCUGAGUGACUUCUGGGCGGAGGCAUGCCAGACUAAUGUCGAACGUACAGUCCUUCAUAUAUUAUAUAUCCAUAUUUCCUCGUAGUUAUUCAUCAUAAUAACUUUGUCCCCGAAUCGUAGCCACCGAUGCGGGCAGGUCUACGUCGGGUCCCGUAGAAACUUGAAGUGAAUCUAGAGGGCCUUGCAGAACCGCCCGUGCCUAACUCUUCCAUACGACCUCGGACCGUACCGUACCGUACUUCGGCGCUUAGUACGACAAGCUUUCACGUGUUUUUCUUUACCGAGGAGAGCGGCGUGAGGUACCUGUCUACUGCCACUACAUAACGAUCACAUCACACUUGUUUUUACUGUUUAAGUUGCCGUAACUUCCACACUUCCGUUAGAUGUACAAUAUCAAAUCAUACUGACGUGCGUGAAGGGUGUAGCAUACGGUGUGUAGUAAUCAGUGGUCGGGUCCCAGCUCGGUAUUAUUAUUUUGUCGUAGGCAAUCUUAGGUUUUUCAGAAUAUCUUCUUUUCCCUCAGCCGAAGUAUCUGCACUGAACGCGAUGCAGCUUUCAGAACGGAUCAGCGCGUGUGUGUGUGUAUGUGUGGUGUGUGUGGGUGUGUGGACUGUGUGCUAGCUACUUUAUUCCAAUUUAUUUUUAUUCGAAAAGUUGAAGUUGCCUCCUUAUAAAUGUUCUAAGACAUCCAACCGUUUUCAAUAAGGUUAACUGCUUAAAUAUCUUAUUGUAGUGUACACAAAAUUAUUUUUUUAAAUAAUUACUAUCCACUCCUAGCCGACCGUUUUGAGUUAUCGCUAUGCCUUAAUAUUCGUUAUUAUUAUAAUAUAUGGUGAGUAAUAUCGUUAUAAUUCACACUCUGGCGACCUUUGUAGUGCGACGUACUCUGAGGAAUUAUGGCUGUCUCUGCCCCUAGCUGCAACGGGGUCGUCUUCUGCCGUGUCAGAGCGAGCGUGCUUUUUACGCAUAGCCUGUGUUUAUUUCCCGCAUAAUCGUAAUCAUGCUGAUUCGUUGCAAUUAUUUUUUAAUAAUGUCAAUGACCUUAUAUGUCGUCACCCUAGUGAUACUUAUCUGCUGUUAGGUGAUUUUAAUAUUUCUCACGCAAUUUGGAACAUAGAUAAUUUUUCAAUACUAACACUUAAUCACAAUAACAAUCCCUUAGCUAUUGCACUUUCUGACUUUCUCUCUCUCUCUGGAUUACAACAGUACAAUGGGUGUGUCAAUGCUCAUGAUCGUAUCUUAGACCUUGUCAUGAGUAAUGUUGGUUGUGAGGGAUCAGCCUGUUUAUCUCCUCUUACACAUGAAGAUUUACAGCAUAAAACGUUAGUUAUUUCUUUUCCUUUGUCAUAAAUGAAGUCUUUAAAUUCCAUAGCGCAUUAUAAAUAUCUUUAUCAUUUAGCCAACUUUGAUAGUAUUUGGCAAGGUAUCUCCGAUGUGGACUGGUCUGUGAUCGACGUUAUGGACACGGAAAGUGCCACAAGUUACUUUUACUCUAUUCUGAACACUUUAGUUAAUGAUUUCGUUCCAAAGCGUAAGGUUUGCUCAACUUCUAGAUAUCCUCCCUGGUAUAACAGGCCUUUAAUUAAAAUUAUUAAAAACAAAUUGAAUGCUCAUGCUAGGUGGAAAAAAUAUAAUAACGUUAUUGAUUAUGCUGAGUUUAAAUUACUAAGAAAAAGGGAAAAGAAACUCAGUAAAGAUUGUUAUACUAAAUACAUUGCCCUCAGUGAAAAGAAAAUUACUUCUUCGCCUAAAUAUUUUUGGAGUUUUAUUAAGUCAAAAUUUUCUGCAAAUGAAAUACCUUCUAACAUGUAUUUCAAUGAUAAAUCCUCCCCCGAAGGCUUUAUUUGUGAUCUCUUUAACAAUUAUUUCAGUUCUGUUUUUGUCUCUGGUUGUAAUCAAUCACGACUUCCUUCUCCUCAGCCUUCGUCCCCUUCUGUAGAUAUUUCUAGUAUUAAUAUUACUGAUAAUUUAGUAAACAAGCAUUUAAAAAACUUAUGUGUUAAUAAGGGUGCAGGUUUUGAUAACAUUCAUCCAUUAUUAGUUUCUAAACUUUACGCUGAGCUGGCGGCUCCCUUGGCGAAACUUUUCAGAAAGUCUCUCAGUGAAGGUAUUGUCCCUAGCGUCUGGAAGCAGGCUAUCAUUACACCGGUGCACAAAGGCGGUGAUAAACAUAAUAUUAAGCUUUAUCGACCAAUUUCGAAACUUUGCGUAUUCGCUAAUAUAAAUAAUAAUAAUUCAGCCUAUAUACGUCCCACUGCUGGGCACAGGCCUCCACUCAUGCGCGAGAGGGCUUAGGCUAUGGUCCCCACGCUAGCCCAAUGCGCAUACACCUUUGAAUUUCUUCGCAGAUGUAUGCAGGUUUCCUCACGAUGUUUUCCUUCACCGAGAAGUUAGUGGUAAAUAUCAAAUGAUAUUUCGUACAUAAGUUCCGAAACACUCAUUGGUACGAGCCAGGAUUUGAACCCGCGACCUCCGGAUCGAAAGUUGGACGUCAUAUCCACUCGGCCACCACCGCUUAACGCUAACGUAUAACGUAUUCGCUAAGGUUUUCGAAAAAAUUGUUACGAAUGAAAUGACUGCUGUGGUCUCUCGACACAUGUCUGUGCAUCAACAUGUUUUUUUCAAAGGUAGAAGCUUCGACACUAACUUAGUCACCUAUACCGACCAUAUUAUCAAUGCUUUGGAUGCCGAUUAUCAAGUGGACGCCGUGUAUACCGAUUUCUCUAAAUGCUACGAUAAAAUAGAUCAUACAAUUUUACUUCAGAAGCUUUCAGGAUCGGCAUACACGGUGACCUCUUUAGGUGGUUAAAGUCUUACAUUAGUAAUAGAAGUCAGGCGGUUGCACUCAAGGGCUAUAGGUCGAAGUUUCUACCCGUUCCCUCAGGGGUUCCCCAGGGCUCUCACCUGGGGCCUUUUCUAUUUGUCUUAUAUGUAAAUGAUAUUGAUACUAUCUUUCAGUCUUCAUCCCACAUACUUUAUGCAGACAACACAAAAAUAUAUAAGACUAUUAGGAAUUAUGAUGAUUGUGUUGCGUUACAAUCCGAUUUGUCACAAUUUGAGGACUAUUGUCAGCGAAAUUCUAAACGCUGAGAAAUGCUACACUAUCACAUUUACCCGUAAACAUAAUCCUAUAACUUUCGAUUAUAAGUUAGCUGGUAGCAGUGUCUCACGGGUGUCGUCGAUCCGAGAUUUAGGGAUUACUCUGGAUGCUAAACUCUCCUUUGUUGAACACAUAGAUAAUAUUGUGGCGAGAGCAUAUAAAAAAAUAGGAAUUAUUUUGCGUUUAAGUAAACCAUUCAAAAGUACAUUCACGUUAAAACUUUUGUAUUACUCUUUCGUCCGUAGUAUUUUGGCAGUGUUGUUUGGAGCCCACAUUUUGGCAUUCAUAAGUCACGACUUGAAAGGAUUCAGAUUUUUUUUGUAAGUCCCUUGAUUACAGAACCGGCCGCUAUAACUGUGAUUAUUUUUCGUCAGCAGCUAGACAUAGUCUCCCUCCGUUGGAGAAAAGAAGAGCAUAUCCAGAUGUUUUAUUUUUAUUUAUAAUUAUUAGAAAUCACAUAGAUUCUAACCUUUUAUUAGAUAGCGUUUCCUUCAAAAUCUCUCGGUUCCACUCACGUUCUAAACCCACAUUUUCUAUUUCCUCCUGUGGCACACAGUAUGCUAAAAACUCUUUCUUUAGGCGCACUUGUUAUUUGUAUAAUGAAUCUCUUAACGAUAUAGAUAUUUUUGUUCAUAGUUUGUCCGUGUUCAAGAACAAAGUUCGGCAAAUUUUGUUUUCUAGAAAUUGAUCAAUUUGGUUCCAGUCCAGUAUUAUUUUUCAUAGUUUUGUAUGUUUUCUUACCUUACUUGCAUGUAGUACACAACUAAACCGGUAAUUUAUAAUUGCGUGAUUUACAUUUCUAUGUAAUAGUUUUCUUAGUAACGUAGGAAACUUUAGGCCGAUUUUUAGUUCAUUUACU